UUUUUUUUUUGGCAAAUACUUCAAUUUUCUUCACUUUCAGAAGUGUCCAGGUAGUCCUCCAUGCUUCAGCUGUAGUUAAUGAAGGAGAUUGUUUCCUCUUGUGGGUCUUUACUCAGGUGCCUGUAACUUGCACAUUUGCAACUUGCAAGCAUAAGAGGCCAAAAUUUAAUAGUAAGUCAGCAAAGCUUAUGUAGUAUAAAACUGGCUAGAUGUGUCUGAUUUUAAGGCUUUUCCCCAAAAUCUGGAUAUGCUGGCAAAGUAAGCAAAGCUGGCAGGCUGUGAGGUUGGUAAGGCAGAGGCACAGAGAAGCCAUGGCUGUCCCUUCCAUGGAUGUGUCCAAGACUAGGUUGGAUAGGGUUUGGAGCAACCUUGGAUAGUGAAAGGUGCCCCUGCCCCUGGCAGGGGGUUGGCAUGAGAUGGCUUUAAGAUCCCUUCCAACCCAAACUGUUCUGGAAUUCUGUACUGUCUGUCUCCUCAUCUCUCUGCCCACUGAAAAUUGAUUCUGUGUAGGUGUGAUUAGAAUGAAAGAGGAGAGCUGCUACUGUCUAAUGUCUGCUGUUGCCACCUGGAGAACUCUUGGAAUGCUGUCAGCAGCUCAGGGGAUCUGCUCAUCUGCUCUCCUCAGCACCCUGCCCUCAGCAGAACCACAAAGUUGUUCUGCAUACUGAUUGAGUUUUGUUAAGCACAAACAGGACCAAAGACAGACAAAACACUGUCAGAAUAGGGAUAGGAUUUUUUCUUUGCUUGCGGUUUAAAACACAGCUCUCAAGGACAUGUUUUAAUCCCUGAGUUGUGUUUUAAAGUGCUGUAGGGGCACAAUAGAAGAUUCUUUGGGAAAGAGAGCAAAACUGAGCCUGCAUUUGUGAAAGUCUCCCUUGCUGUGACUGGCUCCCCUUUUGCGGUUUGCUUAAUAAUGCCAUAUUAAUCUUUGAGGAAAUAUGUUGGAAGGAUCCAUCUUCAGUACUUGGAAAGUGUGUAGAUUUUGGAAGCAUAAGUUUGUGUUAAUAGCUCUGGAUGAAUUUAACCAUUUUUGUGUUAGAUGCAGUUUCAUGAAGGAGACAUUGAAAUAAAUUUUGGCUUCCUGGCUGUGGUUUCAUGGCAACUUUUUAUUCCCCAUUUUUAGCUUUAGUGUAAACCCUUCUUGCUUUCACCAAGAUGUGAAAUUUCUUUGGGUAUGCGCAUGUUUGUGACUUAAAAGGUGUAAUUUUUACCUGAAGCAAUGUACUGCUCCUGCAGUACAAAUGUAAAAUAAGCUAUUCAACUUAUUUUCAUAAUUUAAGGCAUAAUUUAAGAGGAAUUUUUAAGGAGUUUGUGUUUUCUUGAAAUUCCCACAACCAUAUAAAUAUCCAGUGUGUUCUGAGUGUGGUGGUAAACUGCAUGGUCCCUUUAACAUAGUCUGUAAUAGAGGCUUGGAAAAUACUUAAUUUAUGGAUGAGUUCUUACUGCUACUUGCUUGUGUUUUCUCUCUGAAGGGACAAACUUCCCUGUUGGGGGUGGAUCUUGGGCUGGCCCCUUUCAAGUCCAAAUGUUCCUGUUCCUCCACAGGCUGGUGCUCUCAGAUCUACCAGUCCCUUUGUGUUGAGUUGACACAAUUGCAGAUUCUUGUUGCUCCUCUCUGAAUUUAUUAGAUCACAUGAUUAUACCACUGCAAUUUGGUAGUGCUGGAUGAUAGCAUUGGGUACAUUUUUCUGGGAAAAAUCUGCUUUCCUCUAUUUGGCUUGUAAGUUCAUGAAGGUGCCAUUAUUUUCCUUACUUGUAAUUGCACGCUCCUUGUAUGUUUUUUAACUUCUUUGCUUUGUGGGCUUUUGCUUGUCCUGCAGUUGUAUGGAGAAGCAGCCUGGUUUGUGCAUUGGCAUGGGUGACCAGUGCUUUCCUGUACUUCCCUAGUACUGAAGCCACCAGGAUUCAGUGAUGGAGGCCUUGCUGGAAGGAAUGCAAAGAAAUGGGCAGGGGAGUGGUGGGUUCUUGACCUCCUGUGAGGCUGAGCUGCAGGAGCUGAUGAAGCAGAUUGACAUCAUGGUGGCUCACAAGAAAUCCGAAUGGGAAGGGCAGACACAGGCUUUGGAAGCUUGUCUGCGUGCUCGGGAGCAGGAGCUUUCUUCUACCAAGGCAGCUUUGCAGGAAAAACAAAAGGAGAUUGGCAUGUUGCGUUGCCAGGUCGAAGAUGUGGAAAAAUCCAAGCAGGACAUGGUUAGAGAGUAUGAACAACAGCUGAAGAAAUUCCAGGAGGAGUUGUCCCGGCUGAGGAGGAGCUAUGAGAAGUUGCAGAAGAAAAAAAGCAGAGGAGAAGCUAACAAGGGACAAGAGGAGGACAAGUUUGAAUUGAGCCGACUGACCAGGAAGCUGGAGGAGUUCCGUCAAAAAUCACUUGACUGGGAGAAGCAGCGCCUGCAGUACCAGCAGCAGGUGGCAUCGCUGGAGGCACAGCGCAAGGCUCUGGCAGAGCACUCCGAGCUCGUGCAGAGCCAGCUGGCCAAUCGGAAGCAGAUCCUGGACUCGGUGGAGCUGGCGAGCCGCUCAGAAAUCCAGCACUUAACCAGCAGGCUGGAGAGGGCCAACGACACCAUCUGUGCCAAUGAGAUGGAGGUGGAGAGGCUCAGCAUGAGGGUGGAUGACCUGAGUGAGGACAAUCGCCUGAUUCUGGAGGAUCAGCAGAGAGUUCAAGAAGAAUUAAGGCAGUCAAAGAAAAUGUUAGAGGUGCUGCAGGAUGAGAAGAUGGAGCUGAGAGCCACCUUGCAGUCCCAAGAAGAUUUCAUUGACAGCUCCAAGCUGUACCAGGAACAGUUACAGAAGGAGCUGGCUAAGAUGACUGAAACUCUUCACACAAAAGAAUUACUCAUCAGGGCCUUGGAGGAGCGCUUGCAGGGGAAGCCACUGUCCUGUGCAGGGCUGGAGCUGGAGCAGGUGCUGCUGCAGCUGAAUGUUGCCCAGAAGAAGGAACAACACUUGCAGACAGAGGUGACUCGUCUUGAGAACAGCCUGGUGUCUUCAAAUGCCAGGUGUGUGCAGCUGAGCGAGGAGCUGGGUGAGAAUAUCAAAGAGCUGCAGUCCCUGGAAGAAGACCAGACUGAGUCAAGGGCAGAGAUUAAAAAGCUGAAGGACCAGCUCUCUCAGACUGAACAAAUGCACAGCAGUGAGCUAGAAGGGAUGAAAAGGGAGAUCUCCAGGCUGACACAGGAGCUGCACCAGCGGGACAUCACCAUUGCAUCAGCGAGCAGCUCCACCUCAGACCUGCAGCAGCAGCUGAGAGCUGAGAUUGAAAGAGCAGAGAGGAAAGCAGUGGAGCACAGGGUAAUUCUGGUCCAGCUGGAAACCUUGAGGCUGGAAAACCGUCAUCUCUCAGAAAUUCUGGAAAAAACAGAGUGUGGUAAGCUGAAGGGGCACGAUGGCACCCUGAGAGCACUCAGGGAGGACUAUGCUGUUGAGCUCCAGAAAUUAAUAUCUGAGAACCAGCAGUUGCGGAAGGACCUCGCAGAGACCAGGGCGAAACUGGAGGUCACUGCACAGGUGUGCCCAGAUGAACCCGAGGGCACAGCUCAGCAGGGGCAAGGCAAAGAGCCCAGGGAUGUACAGUACAGGACAGCUCAGGAAACACAGCACGAGCAUGAUGAGCACACAGCAAGGACACAUCUCCAGCCUGACAGGACUGCUCAGCAUCAUAACAGGGACUCCCAGAGGUGUGGGGCUGCUGAAACAGGAGCUGUGAGCCCUGAGAUGGGUGAGCCACCCUCCCAGAACAGCAGCAAGAACUGCAAGGAGUCACGUGCCCGGCUGGGAGCAGAGUCUGUGCUCCAUGUGGUGGAUGAAAACAAAGAUUUUGCAGAUGAAGCAUCUAAGCGGCCUGCCUCAAAUCAUCACAGAGAAUCUGUGUUUUUGUGCCCCUUGCCUACAGCUUCUGUCGGAUCCAUUGCUGCACGAUACCUGGAAGAUGAAGAAGUGAGAUCCCAGCACAUCCUGGAGUGCCUAAAUGCUCACAUUGAGGAACUGAAAAAAGAGAGUGCAAAGAUAGUGAGACGAUUUGAACACCAGGAAUAAUGUUUCUUGUGGAAUUGGAAUGCUGGUUUCCUUACGUGGUUCCACACUGUGACUGGGAAGGUGCCUGUAUCCAGUUGGGAUUGGAGCUUGAGUGAGAGGCCACGUGUUCCACUUGGAGCUGAAUCAGCAGGGUGGGAGUUGAGGAAAAGGAACCCCUGUCUAUCUGCUUGCUUUGAUGAGGGGUGUUAUACCACAAACAUUUUAGUCAGCUUGCCAUAGGUCAGAGACCUGCAUCAGAGCUAUGUGCUCACUCACAAAGAUUAUGGUGUUUUUUAAAAGCAAACUGUUUUCUAGUUUUUAUGUGAAGUAUUUAAAGUAUAUUUUAUACUUGUAAAAACACUGAA